AUGAUCCAAAGAGGUCAAGAAGAGUAUCUUCGGUUCACUUUCUUGAGCGCUAUCCAAUCGAUCACUGGCCAUUACACCAUCACGCCACCUAAUUUGACUGAGCUUGAAAUGGGCCUUCAUGACUUGUGGUAUGCUUGUAUUCAAGCAGCCAAGAAUAUCUCCUCUGGUGAGGAAAAGCAGGAUACCCUCAUCCGUCCCCUCCUGGCUGCUAAAUCGCUUGGACCUCUACGACAACCAAGUCCCACUUCCGACUCGGGUAAUGGUGAUGGCAGUGACGUCGAUGGUGACCCUACUUCUUCCCUGGAAAGCUACUCGAUCUGGUCUGGCUUACCUCUAUUGGAUUUAGAUUUCAUUGAGGAGUUCACCAACCGCUACUACCGGAAGAGCCAUUAUAAUGAAGACCAGCGUGCGAACAUGGCAGGUUUCCUUGGUCGACUGGUUUCCGUCGGUAUUUACGAUGGACCUGAUCUCUGCACACUUUCGUUGUUCAGGGAAACAUUGGAGACCUCCCGGCCAUUACUAGCAGAUGAGAAUGCUGAUCAAGUACCAUUGGAAGAUCUGACUGGCGCCCUCGAGGAAUUGGCUCAGAACUCCAUUUUUGGUCUUGCGGUUCUUGCUAGCCGGAGUUACAGGGAUCACUCUUCUGGUAUUGAUCCUGAAGAUUAUCUACACUUAUCCAGUAUUGGUGAACUGGCCACUCAAGCCGGUGGUAUUCCUUCAAUUGGAUAUAGCAUUGAGCGAUGGGACUUCUGGAUCCAGCGUCUCGAGGAACUGUCGAAUUGUGGGAAUGAGAAGAUCCAGAGCAAUGUAGAAGGAUGUUUGGCACCAAUGAGACAAGCUAGGGAAGAUACCAGGCUACUGUGA